AUGUUACAAAAAAUAUUUUUUCUUUUGGCAUAUUUUUUGUUGUUUGGAAGUGCUCAUAGUGAUUAUGACGAAGCUUUUGUGGAGACCGUGAAUGAUGAGGAGUACAGGAAUUACUUGUAUGGGGAUGAAGUCCCCCUAAAUCGUGUGGACAGAAAUGGGAGGUUGUUAUACUCAUAUCCGCAGAACCCAAUAAUCAAUAUUAUGAUGCAAACAGCUGCACCUAAUUAUGUACCGAAAAAUCCAAACGACUUCUUUGAUUUUCUUAGAGAUUCGUACCCUUUGCCUGGAGGUCUCAAAUCUCCAUACGACGAAUACGACUACGUCAUAGUAGGAGCCGGGUCAGCCGGUUCGGUGCUUGCUUCAAGACUCACAGAAGACAAGAAUGUCACAGUGUUAUUACUGGAAGCUGGUAAACCAGAGAUGCUGCUCACAGACAUACCAGCCUUGGCACCAUACUUCCAAUCUACCGAUUACACGUGGCAGUAUUACAUGGAGUAUCAACCAGGCGUAUGUACCGGCAUGAUCAACGGCCGCUGUUUUUGGCCACGAGGCAAGGCUGUCGGCGGGACGAGUGUUGUUAACUACAUGAUAUAUACUCGAGGCAGACCUAUAGAAUGGGAUCGCAUCGCUGCUGCAGGCAAUUAUGGAUGGUCAUACAACGACGUUUUAUAUUAUUACAUGAAGUCUGAAAGAGCAUCAUUAGAUGGAUUAGAGAAAAGUCCCUUUAGGAGUCGGGAUGGAGAAGUCCCUGUGGAACACGUGCCAAAAAAGACCAAAUUAAUUAAAACUUUUCUAGAAGCCGGCAGAAUUCUUGGACAUCCUACUAUAGACUAUAAUUCGCCACAUGAAUUAGGUUUCGGAUACGUGCAAACCACAACCACUUUUGGCCACAGAUACAGUGCCGCUAAAGCAUUUUUACACAAACAAAAGAAGAGACGUAAUUUACAUAUACUACCUCAGACCAGAGCAACAAAAGUAUUGAUUGACCCGCAAACACUCACGGCUUACGGUGUGGAGUACGUAAGGAACAGGAUAAAGUCUACAGUCAGGGCCCGAAAAGAAGUAAUUCUUUCGGCAGGACCCAUUGCCUCACCUCAACUUCUUAUGUUGUCUGGUAUUGGCCCACAGAAUCAUUUAAGAUCAGUUGGCAUUCCUGUAUUAAAGGACUUACCAGUCGGACAAACUCUAUAUGACCACAUUUGUUUCCCAGGAUUAAUAUUUGAGUUGAAUACGACAGGAGUAAGUCUCAGUGAAACCCGAGCUUUGAAUAUUCGGGAAGCAGUGUCAUGGCUCCGACAUGGAGAAUCCACAAUUUCUUCACCAGGUGGAGUGGAGGGUAUUGGAUAUAUUAAGACGCCAAUUUCAGAUGACCCUGACCCUGUUCCUGACAUAGAACUUAUAAGUAUUGGAGGGUCUUUGACUUCAGAUGGUGGCUCAGGAAGUAAAGCAGUAAGAAAAGGAAUGAGAAUAAGAGAAGACGUGUUUGAUAGUGCCUUCAAUGAAUUAGAAAAAUUCAAUCGGGACACAUGGAGUGCCUUUCCUAUGUUGCUGCAUCCAAAAUCUGUAGGUCGUAUUGAAUUGAAGGACAGUAAUCCAUUCAGUCAUCCUCUAAUGUAUGGCAAUUAUUUGACUGAUCCUAAAGACGUGGCAACAUUCGUUGCAUCGUUCCGUCACAUACAGGCGCUGGCUAACACGCCACCGUUCCAGCGUUACGGUACGAAGUUACACAGAGCGGAUUAUCCAGAUUGUCGAACGCACAUUUUUGAUUCUGAUGAGUACUGGGAGUGUGCAUUGCGUACAUUAACAGCGACACUUCAUCAUCAAAUAGCUACGUGCCGCAUGGGUCCUGUCGGAGAUCCCUUAGCUGUCGUAGACCCUGAGUUACGCGUGCAUGGUGUGAACAGGUUACGAGUAGUUGAUUCUAGUGUGUUGCCAAGAACUGUAUCCGCACAUACACACGCACCCGCUAUGAUGAUCGGAGAAAAGGCAGCAGACAUGAUCAAAUGGACGUGGAAUGUAUUAAAUGUAGGGCAGACAUAUUAA